UAAUCCAAACAAACGUGAUUCAACCAUACACUACCACGAAACCAUUAUCUAAACGAGCUGUAAAUCAAGUCCCAUUUCCUCACAAAUCAACGCACCUCUCCUCUACAACCUCACUGUCUCUGCGUCUUCACAGACUCGCCGCCUCCACCACCACUCCACUUCGCCGUCUCCUCUCCACCGGCGAACAACCACAGCCACCACCGCAAUCCCACUCCCCUCUCUCCGUCGCUCAGCCGGCGAAGACCCGAGCCACCAAACUCCACCUCUUCUUUCCCCCUCCUCUCUUCUCCUUUCCUCUCUCUAUCUCUUCGCCGCUGCUCCGGCGAAGGCCAGGAGACAGCCGCCGUCUCUCUCUCUCUCUCUUCAUCCUUUCCUCUUCUCUCUCUAGUCGCCGCUCCGACCGGCGAAGACCACCGGCGAACGUGGGACCAGCAAACUCCGACAAAGCAACAUUCGUCGGACGUCGACAGUCCUUUAGAAGUCAAAGUUGUCGGAAAUCUCGAGACCCUACGUAGGUGAAGGCAGAUCUGUAAAGAUUUGUCCAGGUUGACAGCAACUAUGGCGGGAGUUGUUAAUAAGUUCUUUAUUACAUCUUUGAUUAUGUGGGCAGCUCCAAUUGCAAUUUUGUACGCCUUUAACCACAACUUAAUUCCUGGUGUGACCGAUAUGUCUCCCCAUUCUAUGACAUUAGUGAGUGGAUUCGUUGCUGUCAUAUCAGUCAAUGUGGUUAUUGCAUUUUAUAUUUGUCUAGCAAUGAGAGAACCCUCUGAUAAACACGAGCCUGAUCCUAAAUUCCUGGCAGAGGCCCAAGCUAGUGUAAAGCAGUUGGGGCAAAAUCAAGAUGCGGACUUGUCGGACUCCCGAACAAAACAAGAGUGAAUGAAGCAUAAAGGUAGGCCGUUACUGUUCUUGAGCACAUUGGAGUUUGGACACACAAAUGCCACAAUUGGAAAAGAAGGCAGAAAUUUCCUUUUUAAAUUAGAGUACUGCUAAGAUUCUUAAUGGUACAAAACUUGCAGUUAACUUUGUGGGAGAAAAAGGCACAAUGAUAAAUUUUUUGACCUGGCUGAAUUAUUUAAAGAUUUUGAUCGUUUGCAGGGAGGACUUUGUUCCUAGUUUAAGUUGGUAAUGUUGGUUUGUUAUGAAGUACAAAAUUCCUUAUAUAUUUGGCUUGUCCUUUAUCUUCUU